GCGACCGUCACCUUAAGGCCCACCUCAUCAACAGGCAGCCGAAAUUUGCCACAGCAAAGUUCGGUCUUAACUAGUUUCGUCUCGCUAACUUGUCAGCCUCGUUGUAACCGCGUUUCCCCUAACACCACAAUAUGGGCAGAUGGACAGCCGAAUAUUAUGACGAAGUGUUCAGUGCGAAAAUGAGGAGCUUGGUGUAUGGGUGUCCUCUUACUACAUAACUUCUCGCUAAGGAGACCUCUGCUUUGCUGCAGCUCCGGAGCAAUCAAGCGCCAUAGGCUUGAGAAAACUGAAACCACGAUAAGCUAUGAGCAUUUUGUAGAGGACUUAGACGGUGGUGACUCGUUUACCACUUCGUUGGUUGAGAUUCUGGUCAAGGAAGUGGCAGACCGACACCAUCGUCAGAAUGCCACUGACCGUGGUCUUAUUGGAGAUCCCACCGCUAAAGCGCUGAGGAGGUUAUCUAACCCAACCACUACAUACAGGGAACGGGAACGGUAUACUUGGCGCGGGACAGGUGGUCGAAGAGCAGUGGACCUUUCAGACUACUUGUCACGACCUCCAGAUGAACUCGAGAUGGACGAAGAGGCUGAUGAGCUCGAGUCACUAGAGCAGUAUGGCCUCGUGCAACUCGAGGGCACACGCAACAACACUGAGUUAUAUGAGGCGUACCGGCAUCCUCCACGGCCGAAUCCUUCAACAGCCUACCAUGCGUUCUCUCCUGCUUUUUACACCGUACCUGCACCGCUUCCAGCUCCUGCGCCAGAUUCUCCAAGUGAUAGGGUACUUCCUCCUCUACUUGAUUCGCCCCCUGCUCCACGACUCGGUGGCUUGACACUUCCAUCAGCGAGUGGCCUGCUCCAUACCUCACUGAGUCGACAGCCCUCCAUUCGCCGUCCCGUCAGAAGCAGAACAGCAGAUUUCAGUGACUUCAGCGCACGGCGUCGAAAUUCUUCGCGACAUCUAGCUGAUGAAGAGGGCCCAUCGAGACUCGAUUCAUCUAGCACAUUCCCUGGUCCACAUGUCAGUGCACCCAGGGAGGAUUCCGACCCCCCUUCAUCUGGACCGCCGGGCCAUGCCAGGCGGUUUUUCCCUUCCCGCUCACGACGCUUCGAAGUCAUUCCCACACCUCGACCUGUCCCCAGUACGGGUGAAGACUGGCUCUUCCCACCGGCCCCGUGGUCAUCAUCCCCAUCAGACCGCACUGUGUCCUUGGCACCCGAUAGCCAAGUUGGUGAAGAGCGCUCUCAGGCUCCUCGGCUCCGGCGAGGCGGCCUUAGAGCACCGGAAUCUAUGCUCUCACGGCACAUUUCGCCUGCCACCAAUGCAGAGCUGGCACUGAGGGUAUCAGAAGAGAUGGCUGCUAUUGAGAGCGCAGAAGCCGAACAUCCAGAGCAGACACGAUCUGUAUCGGAAGAGAUAUUACAAUCUAUUGGUGGACCAUAGACUCGUAGAGAUAUGAUUUAUUCCUGUCGACAGGAUAUUUGUAUUAUUUUUACUUUUACGCCUACACCUUGCAUAUGUUCGUAGCACAUGCUAGCAAAACAGAACCUUCUUUAGACGGGUCUUACU